AAAUCCAAAUCUCUCGACUCAUCUCCCUCCUCUCACCCUCCAUGGCCUCUCUAUCUUCUUUCCUCUCCAAACCCCCUUCCCCUCUUCUCCCUAUCUCCCCCAAACUACCUGAAAUCACCUCCACCUCCUCCCCCUUCCUCGUCCCUCCCCCUCCUCGCCGCCGCCGCUCCCGCCGCCACAAGCAGCGACGAGCGCGUGACGAAAGUCCACAGCAUUGAAGAAUUCGACGCCGCCCUCCGUACGGCAAAGAACAAGCUCGUUGUGGUGGAGUACGCCGCCACACACAGCCAACAUAGCCGCCGGAUUUAUCCGUUUAUGGUGGAGCUCAGCCGCACGUGCUCCGACGUUGACUUCCUCCUUGUUAUGGGAGAUGAGUCGGAUGCCACCAGGGAGCUCUGCAGAAGAGAGAAGAUUGAGAAAGUUCCGCACUUUAGCUUCUACAAAAGCUUGGAGAAGGUGCAUGAGGAAGAAGGCAUCCAACCGGAUGAGCUCGUCGGCGGCGUGCUCUACUACGGCGACAGCGACUCCCCCGUAGUGCAGCUCCACAGCCGCGAGGAGGUUGAGAAGCUAAUCGGAGAGCACAAAGACAACAAUGGCAAGCUUGUGGUGCUCGACGUCGGGCUUAAGCACUGCGGCCCCUGCGUGAAGGUCUACCCUAUCGUCGUUAAGCUCUCGCUCUCCAUGGCCGGCAGCGUCAUCUUUGCGAGAAUGAACGGCGACGAGAACGAGAGCUGCAUGUCUUUUCUAAGGGAUAUGGGUGUCAUCCAAGUGCCUACGUUCUUGUUUGUGAAGGAUGGGGAGAUAUGUGGGAGGUAUGUGGGGUCAGGGAAGGGGGAGUUGAUUGGGGAGAUAUUGAGGUACCAGGGUGUGCGUGUUACUUGAUUAAGAUUAAUUUAAUUUAAUAAUUGGUAUGAUCAUUGAUUGGGAGGUGUAAGGUUUUAUUGGGAGAAUGAAUCAUUAAUGGAUUGAUUAUUUGAAGAAGUAUGGCAACAGUAAUGUAUAAUGAUGAAGGCUUGAAGCAUGAGAAAAUUUUGAGACAUACAU